AUGGGCGGGGAGCGGGGCUUUCUGGUGCCCGAAAACUACGUGCUUCAGCCGGUCACGACCCAGGACAUGAUCAUCGCCUCCUUGGCCCUUGGAUUUACCAUGGGCAUCGGGUGGCUCACUGCGUGGACGGCUAUCAAACAGACUACAAGCAGCUAUCGGAGGAUCGGACGGGGUAUCGCCCACAAUGCGUACGUUAUCAUGAUUUGGGGCGAGAUCGCGGCCAGCUCGGGGUUUGCUGCAAUGUCGAUACUGCACCUCUUCGGCUUCAUUCGACCGAGGUUCGUCCAGUUUCUGCUGCAGAUUAUCGUCAACCGCUGCGCUAUCCUCGUUACGGACCGCGUGUUUAUACUAAGGGUGAAAUGGGGCACGGCGGCCCUCAUCACAAUGGUGAACAUCUCAGUCUACUGCAUAUGGAUUCCCGCUCGACUACAGAUCUCCGAGAGAUAUAUCCAUAUAAACGAAAUCUGGGAUCGGUGCGAAAAGGUGAUAUAUCUCAUCGUCGACGGGGCCCUGAACUUUCUCUUUAUGCGCAUCGUCAGACAGGACCUCGUCAAACUCGGCCUCCGCAAAUACAACGGGCUCGUCAAGUUCAACAUCUUCAUCAUUGGGUUUUCUCUGUCCAUGGAUGUUCUCAUAAUCGCCAUGAUGAGCCUCAAAAACACAUACAUGCAAUUCCACCCAUUAGCUUACAUUGUCAAGCUUAAAAUCGAAAUGUCCAUGGCCAACCUAAUAGCCAAGAUCGCAAAGGCUCAAGCGCGGGGCACCGAGUUCGAAUACUCGGGAAGCUCGAACCACUAUGCCGACACCAUGGUAGAUUCGGCAGCUGUGGAAAAUAGGAAGCAGAGGAAUCCGGACGAAGAGGCACAUAUCGCGUGGGUGGCAGCAACGACGGAAAUCCAAAUGAACAACAUCAAAUUGCCUGGCGACGAAUCACCAACUCAACCCUCACAGUCCAUCCAGCCCGCCAAGUCCGCACCUGCACCAGAUGCGAUUACUCGCUGCUCGGCCGAGGCAGGGCCUCAGAAAGCAGAUGCAAGGACUCGCCACCCGAAGAGGGAACUACAACGCCGACCCAGCAGGGACAUAAGAAAAUACGAGUCUUUCAUGUUUCUAUCAUCCAAAGUGGUUGUUGAUCGGUAG